GCGCCGCGUCAAACUCGCAUGCUCGCACGGCCCGGCUGCGCCCGCAGCAUAAAUAGAGAUCCUUCUCUCUAACGUCGCUUUUUUGUACUCUCGACUUUCUCCCUCCCUCAUCCUCUCGCUCGGUCCCCGCCUCCUCAUCUCCUUCGCAUGUUCCCUGCCCCCUUCAUCCUGCAGCUCGCCGGCCAAUGUCGCCCGCGCCCCGACACCCGCUUUGCCAGGCUGGAUGCCUUGUCCUGGCCCUCUUUGGCGUUCCUUAGCCAGAGGCCGUCGCCUCGCGCAGCGAUUAUACUUCAGCUUGCAGUUUAUUCUCCAAAGCUCUACUCUUUUUACCGCUCUCCAACCAAGACAUUCUCAGCCUUUUGGCCGUGCAUUCGUCAGUCGCAACUCCUGACUCGACUCUACGCUCGAUUCCGACUCGACCUCGAGCUUCCUUUCCGUUUUGGGCCUCUCAAACACCCGCUUGGUUACUCUUCUCCCCUCGCCCAUUGCCCCCGCCCUGCCCGCCACGGUGCUUCCUUUCGGCCGCACGAUUUGGAUCCAUGUCUGCCUGGUAGGUCCCCCGUUUUCCCCGUGCAAUUUGCAGGACCCGCGCAUCCUGACCAGUCACAUAAAUGCCGCAGGUUUCGAUUACGUCAAAUGUUGAGACAUUAGGAAGGCCUCAAUUUGCCUGGCGCAUUCAGGGCGUUUCGGCCUGCAGAUCGGGGAGCCUCCUUUGGUCGCAAUCGGACCGAAUCCCAGAAUAGCUGCGGCGAGACCUGCAGACGACCGGUUACGAAAGCGGCAGGUUGGCCUCCUGAUGCAACUGCAAUCUAUUCCGGGGCACAUGCCGGAUUCAAGGCUGCAGCGGGCAGUGAUGGUAAGGCUCUGCCGGCAAGGCGGCCGAUGUGGCCC